AUGAAUAAGAUCAUCGAUAAAAAAGAAAGUGUAAUGCUUGAUCCAGUAAUGGUUCUGAAAAAUUGGGAAUACCUCAAAGAUCAUUUGGUUAUGGAAGAUUUGGUAAAAUAAAGUAAAAAUGAGAACGAGGAAGAAGAUUUAGACACAACUAUAAUAAUCUGUAAUUCAGAUUACGAUGAUUGA